CGGUUGACAACUGGGAAGUUUACGUAGUGAUCAAACAUGGCCGAGUUGUUACUUGACUCGAAUAUUCGCGGUUGGGUAUUUUUACCCAUCGUAGUGAUAACGUUUUUAGUAGGAAUAGUUCGUCACUAUGUCUCAAUGCUUCUCGCGUCCCAGAAAAAGGUCGAAGUUCACCAGGUUCAAGACAGCCAAGUGAUGAUUCGCUCCAGGAUGCUGCGAGAGAAUGGACAGUAUAUACCCAAGUCAGCGUUCAUAAUGCGUCGACAUUUUUUCAACAACGAAGAAACUGGAUACUUCAAGACACAAAAACGAGCGCCAGUAUCUCAGAAUCCAAUGACCGAUCCCAGUAUGAUGACCGACAUGCUGAAGGGAAACGUGACCAAUGUCCUUCCCAUGGUCUUGAUUGGAGGCUGGAUUAACUGGAUGUUUUCAGGCUUUGUUACAACAAAAGUACCAUUCCCACUGACUUUGCGGUUCAAACCGAUGCUACAGCGUGGUAUUGAACUUAUGACACUGGAUGCGGCUUGGGUUUCUUCGGCCUCUUGGUAUUUCCUGAAUGUGUUUGGUCUCAGGUCUAUUUACACGUUGGUACUAGGUGAAAACAACGCUGCCGACACAUCCAGACUAUUACAAGACCAAGUUUCUGGAGCGGCUAUGUCUAUGCCACCGGAUCCGAAAGCUGCUUUUAAAGCGGAGUGGGAAGCCUUGGAAAUAUGCGAGCAUAAUUGGGCUCUAAACGGAGCUGAUGCUGAUCUAUUGGGCCCGCAGAAUACCCCAGAAUCUGCGGAAAGCAUUUAUCACCAAAGCAAAACCAAUUAAGCGCUAAGGUAGAUUCAUUAGAUGAAUUCUCUUAUAUAUCGUUUUAGGUAAUAUGUACAGUAUGGGAAGAAUGAUGUGUACAAAACGUGAAAUGAAGUAUUUUUCUUGUUAUUAAUUUUUAUUUUUUUUUUGCAAUUCUUUUAUUUAUUUCGUUUUAAUCACUUUUCGUCCGAAAAUGAAACACGACACGUACUUUUUGCCCCCACGAAGACUAGGCACUCUAUCUCAAAAUCUACAACGGAAUGUAUUUGAAUGCCAAUAAAUCGAAUUCGGCAAUCAACUUCAA